AUGUCAAAAAAAGUGCCAAACCUUUGUCUAUAUAAUGGUUUAGCAUUCUAUGAAAUACCAGAUUGUUUGAAAAUCUUGACCGAAUUGGAGGAAAGAUUGAUAUCACCGAGAAUCCCUUUCAUGGUAAUUCGAACUCUAGGUUAUUGUAAACAAUUUGGUCUCAAAGGUAAUUUAGUAAAUGUUCCCAUGAAUGUUGACACAAAUGCGUCAAUAUUGCCUCGAAGCUUUAGUGAUACUCAUACGAUUCAGUUGAAACUCAUGAGACAAAUGAAAAAUAAAAACGCUUUUAUGUAUGAAACUAUUCGACCAAAAGUUGUACAUACCGUGAUAGCUUAUCUUGUUGAACAAGAAUUAUAUAGAGAUGAAGGUAUUGUCAUAUCGAGUGAUUGGAUUAAGAAAUAUUCGAGCGAAAAAGAAAAUUUCUUUGUCAAUAACGAAGAUAAAAAGUUUGAUGAAAAUGAAAAGACAGCGGAAAGUUUUGAUCAUGAUGACAAUUGGAAUGAAUGCGAUGACAAACCAGUUAAUCCAACGGUUAUCGAAACGUUGUUGAAUGAUGAGACCGAGGAUUCGAAUGAUAUUGGUAUUAAAUUUGCCCCAGCAGAGAAUAACAGACCUAUAUCUAUUUUAAUGGAUUUGAAAGUUGACGAAUUAACAUUUCCAAAGAUCUAUUGUGGGAAACAACGAAAAAUUAAAGAAAAUACCAAGUUAACAUACGCUAAAAUUGCAAAGUCAGAAUUAAGAAUGUUUGAUAGAAGAUGUGGUCGAGUGUCGAAACUCUUUUUCACAUAUAAAAAGCUAGAAACAAGAAAAUUCUCUGAUGCUAUUUCAAUAAAUCUGAGAAAGACAAAAAAUGCAACUGUUGCACAAAUGCUUAAUCGAGAUUAUGUCAAUGGAUUGAUACACAGCGAUGAUGCCUUUACAUUCUUAAGAUUUGAUCGAUCUUCACCAGCAUUCUGGGAGCUUAAGAAAAAGGAACUAAUGACUAUGAACAGACAGUUGGGUUGUGCCGCAUUAUUUUUAACUCUAUCAGCAGCAGAAACGAAAUGGUCAGAACUUAUUGUGAUAUUGACCCAGGUGUUGGAAAAUAAAGUAAUAACAUUAGAAGAAGCACAAAAUAUGAACUACGAAAAGAAGUGUGAUUUGAUAAGGAACGAUCCUGUGACAUGUGUUCGCUAUUUUGAACAUAGAAUAAAAUGUCUUUGGGAAAUAUUAUCAGCUCCUAGUGGCCCAUUUCAAGGCUACGAAUUAGAAGACAAAUAUGUCAGAGUUGAAUUCCAGGCUCGUGGUUCACCACAUAUUCAUGCUUUAAUACAGAGGGUUGGUCCAAUUGAUCAACGAAAAAAGGGUGAAGGUGUUGCUUUGGUAUUAUUGAAACGAUUAUCUGAUGCUGUUCGAGACUCUGAUUCAAUCUACUGUGUUAUUCGGGAUAUAGUUUCGUAUCCUAGAAAUAAGUUGAAUAAAAGCGAUUGUCUAAAUUCACCCUUGGAUAUUCAAUUCGAAUUAUUAAAUGAUAUUUAUACUGUGCGAAAUCGAAUUGACUUGUCGCAAGUAUUGUAUGUUGAAAUAGAUCAUGCUGAUAAAGAAUAUGAUGUUUUUCAUAAAGCAAAGAUAAUCAGCGACUUUUUUAACCGAUGUGAAACGGACAGUCACCUUUGUUUUGGUAGUAUAGCAUCAAACAUUGGCGAUACACAACAUGCAGCUGGUAUUGCUUCUUUAAUUAAAGUAUCGUUAAUGAUCAAAAAUCGUAUGAUACCACCACAAAAGAACUAUGAUCAAACUAUAGCAAAGGCUGAAUCUAAAACUUGUGGCUUAUAUAUGGUGAAAGAAUUAUCAUUGUUUCCAGCGGAUAAACCAGUGAAAAUUUGCAUUAGUGGCAAUUACGCUCACGCUAUCAUAGAGGAGUGGUUAGAGCUAAGCGGAUCGCAUUGUAAUAAAAUAAUGGCACGCGAGAAUGCAGAAAGCACAGGGAUACAAAUGUGUGAGCAGCAGUACUACGUCAUAGUUAUUACAGGUAAAUGUGACAGCUUAUCAACAGUGAAACUAGAUUCUAAAAGUUCUGUUAUUUUAUCUGUUGUUAGCUAA